AUGGCAGAGUACGCCAAUAACGUGCUUACCACCUACAACAAUAACACAAACUAUGUGGACUGUGCCAAGGUUUGUAAAACAGACUGUGUGUCCUUUGCCUAUGACCCCGAGACCAAGGAAUGCAAGACGUUUACCAAGAUGUUCUGUCGGAAUUAUACCGCAACGAAAUCACCAAACAUUUUGAUGUUUGCGAAGAUGGAUAGGGAGCUAAAGAAUAGUCCUGCUGAUUGUAGCGAGGUCAACACAGAUGUCUACUGCUCAGGUAUUUACCGAAUUACGCCGACACCGGGAGUCAGCUUCGACGUGUACUGCGACAUGGACACGGCAAAUGGACCCUGGACGGUAAUACAAAACAGGCAAAAUGGCGACGAGGAAUUCUACAGACCUUGGGCUGACUAUAAAACAGGCUUUGGUAACCUCCGUGGAAAUUUCUGGCUGGGAAAUGACGCAAUUCACCACCUCACCUCCACAGAUUCCAUUCUCCGUAUUGAAUUGGUCACAUGGCUAGGUGAUGCUGCGUAUGCCCAGUAUUCCACGUUCAGAGUUGAAAACGAGACCGAAAAAUACAGACUGACUAUAUCCGGGUUUUCUGGUGACGUCAAACAAAAUAAUAUGGCCACUCACAACGGAAUGUCAUUCUCGACAUACGACAGAGAUAACGAUCUUGGCAGUCGACACUGUGCCGAGAAAUACAAAGGCGGAUGGUGGUACAACAAUUGUUACGACGCAAAUCUAAACGGCGCUGUAUACAUGCCUGGCGAGGGUAACUUGAAAUCGCUUGUCUGGGAUAACUUUUACCCAGAUAUAGCUUACCCUCAUAUGAUGACGACAAGGAUGCUUGUGAAACGCUCAUAUUAACUGAUAGCGUUCAUCCUGUUCUAUUUGUUAUAUACAAGUAAGUCUUUCGCUGGUUAUUUCACAUGACCGU